GAUUAUGACGUCACUUUUUACACCUUUCCGGCGUAAACAAAGCUGAAACGUGAUUCCGGUCAAAUGCUUUAUGAAAUAUGUUGCCUUCGUUGGUAACUGUUUCAAAAAAAUGGUUUGCUGCUAUGUUUUACUUUUGCUUUGCUUCACUGUAACAGUUAGUUCCAAAGGGAAAAAAGAUGACACUAAAGAAACGACAGAAUUUCUUGUCAAUCAUAUGACAGAUGCUUUGUUUGUCCUCAGACCUCCGGAUAGGGAAAAGUUUAUGAGAAAAUGCACUGUAGGUCAAAAAGUGUGUAAGGAAAAGGAUAUAGGUGAUAAGGCAGAUAUUAAAUGGGUCACUGGUAUUAGUGAAGAAGCAAAGGCCAACUUCUGGUCGUCUUACAAAUGUUUUAUGCACAGAAAAGAAGUUAUGUGUCCAAUUAAUGGUGGUUGGACAACAUGGACUGGAUGGGGAGAAUGUCAGGCUAAGUGUGGUGAUUUAUCAGAAGUCAAAAGAAGAAGGACCUGUAUGAAUCCAGUACCCAUGAAUAAUGGCUUGCAAUGUUUUGGUGUAAAUUCAGAACGAAAGUUAUGCGAAGGAAAAUGUACUGGACCAGCUAAGAGGGAAGAAGGUGAACUAGAGUCACUUGACUUCAUAGAAAAGAUUCAAGAUAUUUACCCAACGUUGAAUGAAACAUGUCUUCGUCAUCACUGUACCUACGAAUCACUGAAGAUGAUAGAGAAAACUGAUAUAAAGGAUAAAUUUUGGGAAAGUUUACAGUGCUAUAAAUACCAGAGAGCAUGUCCAGUUGAUGGGAAAUGGUCAUCCUGGAGUAGCUGGUCAAAGUGUUCUCCAGAAUGUGGAGAUGGUUUCCACUUCAGAUCACGUGAAUGUAAUCAUCCUGCUCCUUCGAAUGGUGGAUUCAAAUGUUUUGGUAAAUCUUACAGAGAAGAACCAUGUGUUGGGCUGGUGUGCCCAGAAAGGAGUGAAGUAAAUCCUCUUAUGUCAUCAUGGUCUGUUUUUCAUGCAUGUUCUUCAUCAUGCGGAAAAUAUGGAACAACAACUAAAGAAAGACUAUGUUUGAAUCCAUAUUCAUGUCCCAAUGGAAAGAAAACUCAGAAAAUUACAAUUGAAAAACCAUGUUAUUUAGGUCCAUGUCCAAAGGUGGGUGUGUGGUCAAUAUGGUCUAGUUAUACAAAUUCCUCAGCAGUGUGUGGACAAGGUAGAAGAAUGAGAUUCCGUGUCUGUAAUGAAGACAAACCAGUAGAUGGAGCUGUUUGUAAAGGCAAAACUGUUGAAAGAAGACCAUUGAAUGGAAAAUGCACAGCUGGUUCAUUGGAAAGAUUCAAGAAAGAGGAAUCAAAAGCUAAAUUUAAGGCAUUAAUGCACAAAGUAUUCCAGAAAGAUAAACCACCAGAUGGCGAGCCUGAUGUUGAUCCAAUGAAUCCAUUUAUAGAGGAUUUGUAUAAACCUUGGUCAGCUUGGACACAGUGUUCGAAAUCUUGUGCUACAGGUAUUCGAGAAAGAUUCAGAGGUUGUAAAAAUACAACAGGAUUACGAUGUAAAGGAGAAAGAUGGCAAAUACAACCCUGCAAUUUAGUAAAUUGCCCAGUAAUGGGUGGAUGGAGUGAGUGGGAGCCAUGGACUACAUGUAGUGUAACCUGUGGAUAUAAUGGUAUAAGAACAAGGUACAGACGUUGUGACCAGCCGUAUGCUAUGUUUGGUGGCUCCUGUCUUGGGAUAAGUGAAGAAACCUCACCGUGCGAUAAAACAGCCAAGUGUGAUGAAAGGAUAUCUUACAGUGACUGGUCCUCUUGGUCAGAAUGUUCCCAAACCUGUGGUAAAGGUGAAAAAUCUCGUGUUAGGAAAUGUAAUCCAUCAAAAAAGAACAAAACAAUUGUUUGUUUUAAGGAAGAUACUGAAGUCAAGUCUUUUUGUAAUGCUAAACCUUGCCCAAUAAAUGGUAAUUGGGGAAACUGGAAUUCUUGGUCAUCCUGCUCUACCAAUUGUGGCAUAGGACACCAUUUUAGGGAUAGGACAUGUACUUAUCCAGCGCCCAAAUAUAAUGGAUCCAGUUGUUUUGGACCUGGAUCAGAUAUUAUGACUUGUUUAAAAAUGCCUUGCUCAGCUACUAUCCAUAAAGGUGUGUCAAUGAAAAAUGGAUAUUUGUUAUAUAAAAAAAGAGGUUAUCCUGCGGGAUUUUAUUCUCUGUUUUUGUUAUUUAAACCAGCAAAUAACAAGAAGUCAAAUUUAUUGAAGCAUGAAUAUAAUGGAUGUAAAAGUGAGAAUACAUGUAAGAAUUCUCUGGAGCUAAUUAUAGAUGAAAACAAAAUACUACUCAAUAUGAACAGUUCAGGUACUAUCGUGACGAUUAAAACUGAGGAUGAGUCUAUACAGGCAAAAAAAUGGCACAACAUAUACUUGCAUCUAUCUGAAGACCGAUUGUUUCUUAGAUUAGAUGAUGGCAAAAAAUAUGAAACAGAGCUUAAGACGGACAAGAAAUUAAAAAUCAACUUUGAUGGAUUUACUCGAAUUGGAUCAUUUUCUGGAAAUAUAGCUUCAUUACGAAUGAAUUUAAAAGAAUAUGCAUUGGACAAAGAAAGUUCUACAUCAUUUACCUCUCCUAAAAGAUCUAAAAACAACACAUAUGUGAGGUUUAAAGCAGACUCCAUCAAUGGAAUAGUUGGUUAUUCUUUGUUUAGAGGAAAUUCUUACAUCAAAAUACCUGUGAAUGCAGAUGAUGAUCUAAAAGUAGAACUGGUUUUUCUGGCAACCAGCACUGAUGGGGUAUUACUCUUCAACAAAGGCCAAACAGCUGGAUCAUAUGUGUAUAUUGUACUUAUCAAAGGGACAAUGAAAAUGUGUGUUUCAAAUGGGAAAACAAAAAAAUGUGAGACAAUACUUAAUAUCAAUAUUUACAAAUGGUAUUCUUUAAGUCUUCUAGUUAGUGGGCAGAAAAUUGAAUUAAGAGUCAACCAAGGUAGUGCAUUUCAAGUGUCUUUUCUUGAAAAUGUGUAUUAUCCAGCUACUCCUGUUUGUAUUGGAGGAGGUGAAAAAGAAGAUCUUUUCAUGUUUAAAAUGGUUGUUGGAAUAAAAGAGGGAUUUCAAGGAGUUAUACAUGAAAUAUCAAUCGACGAUAAAACCUAUAGAAUGCAUGCAAAACCUAUCUUAAAUGACGAGGGAAUCAUUUCAUCUGUAGGAUUAACUAAUCCAGAACGUGUGAAUGUUGCAUAUGAACACCAGGAGAGUGAAGUAAAGUUCCACUGUGAUUACACAGAAUAUAAAGAGAAAACUGGUAACUCUAUGGUGGAAUGGUUUAAAGAAGAUGUUCUUAUCCAGUUGAGCGAUUUAGUGACAAUUGAUCAUAAGUUAAGUAUCUCGAAUACCACCAAUUACAGAUAG